GAGAAUUUGCACCAGUCUCACUUUCUCAGUUCCCGCUUCCUGCUUUGGUGAGCUGAGGAGCCAAAACCCUAUACCCCAAAUCCCAAAUUGACGAAACAAGCGACCAAUUCAUCAAAAUCCAAGGCUGGGUGAUUGAAGCAGAGCAUAGAUACGCUUCGUAUUUGGACUUGGAAACGUCGAUUGAAGUUGUGGCCCAACUAUACUUUGGUGAUGAGAAAAAAUGGAAUUACAUUGCUAUUAUGGAAGCUGGCAAGUAAGGACCAUUGUUAUUUAGCAUAGCUUAAUAUAUCAAGCACCUAUUGCAUGCAAGCUUCUUUGUUGCUUCAUUAGGGGAUUUCAUUGUUUAUCAGGGUGCUAGUUAGGUUAGCUUUGUUCCGGAACAGUGGAUAUAAGAUGCUUCUCCAUGGAUGAGAGACACCAAAUGAUGAAAAAAAAUUGGAUGCCUCAACUCACCGUAGAAGUGGUGGUUUUAUGAAGCCUGGCGAGCAGCAUGGGAAUGGUCACUUGAGAAAUAAUCAUGCACAGGAUCCAUGGAAUUUAGAAGGAAGAGCACUAUCUGCAUUGAAUAGGUUUGGAGAAAAGGCUAGGACUGUUUCAGAUCCAGUAUGGUUACGUCGGGUUCAACACCAGCAUGCCAUUAUGGAGCCUCCAACUUCAGUGGUUGAGAGGUCAACUCUAUCCACCAUAUUGUCCGAAAAGGGUCUCCAUGGGGCUUUGUAUGUGGCUGGGGAAGUGCUAUUUAUAACAAAACCACUUUUUUAUGUUUUAUUUAUUCGAAAAUAUGGAGCUCGCUCCUGGAUUCCUUGCUUUCUUUCACUGGCUGUGGACUUCACUGGAAUGCACAUUCUAUCUCGAAUUACUUCAUACAGAGGUGGUACAAAAGAGCAGCAGUUUCAUCUUUCUGUCCCUGAAAAGAAUGAGGGUAAAAGACAAAAACUGUUAUGGACACUUUACCUCAUGAGAGAUCCAUUUUUCAGCAAGUAUACCAGGAGUUAAUCAUUUGUUUCAUGACUCUUGUGGUUGAGAAUUUUAAGUGAAGACUUGAAGGCACCGAGAAUAUGUUGGAACAUAUACCUGUUGUUGGAUCUCCUGCAGCAAAACUUGUUGAGCUUAUUUUGGGAGCACAGACAAGGUAUACUUACAUGUCGGGAUCAUAAGACGGGGUUUGCAAUGAGUUAUGGCUCUUAGAGUAGUUCCACAGUUCGUUUAGGAUUUUAGGUGAAGUAAAUUCCCCAAGCUGUAUGAUGGUGAUGAUGUAUUUUCUUGUGCUUCAUAAAUAUUGACAAAUAUAUGACAUUGUUGUAUCAAAUUUUGUUAAAAUGUCAAAGAAAAAAAUAUUUAAUGUAUUUUUAGUAACCAGUUUGAGAGAACGUGUGGAAACCCUGGUUAUUGAAAAUAA